UCCGCCGGGAGUCGCGGUCACACGGAGGCCUGGGUCUGGGAAGCGGCACGGGGGGGAUGGGGGUUGGGAAGGGGGUCGAGAGGGCCCCCUCGGAGGCGAGCCCCAUUCGCCAGUGGCUCGCGGAGCUGCGCGUGGAGACGCAGGCGGAGGCGAUGGCCACGAUGGACGGGAAGGCGCUGGGCGGAGACGGCACCCGGAGCUGGGAGGAUGGGGACAUCCAGGCGGGGAUUUGCUCCUCAGGGGGUCUCGUCGGGGGCUCGGGCGCGCCCCCCGCGUGCUGCGCGCUCAUGCGUCGUGCGCGUCACGUGAGCGCCGAGCUCGCGCGCCUCUUCCGCCGGCUCGAGGGGGCGCGCUCGCACAGACCGGGGGGGGGUCACCGCCCCGCCUCCGUGGAGGCCAGCAGGGGAGGGGCCCCGUGGAGGCGCGUGCACGCGGGCGCGCUCCGCCUCGCGUGUCACGCGCGCGCCGCCGUGACGCAAAUGCGCGCGACCUCCCCAGCCGCGUCGAGUCAAUGCGCCCAGGAUGAAAUUCGCCUCCUGGACUCGUGUCGGAAGCUGGAAAGCCUGGGGCUGAGAUGUGCCCGAGAAGGAGGUGCGGAUCCCCUAGGGCCCGAGUUGGGUCGCGUCGCCACGCAGGUGGGCAGAGACUUCAGUGGGAUGCUCGCCUCGGCACUCACGCACCUGGCGCAGGAGCUGGUGAGGAAGGUUGGGGACAUCUCUCGGCCACGCUCUCUUAUCGCCUCCCUGGGAGAUCUCCUUGCCCUGGCCAGAGGAGGCGACCACAUGUGUCACAUCGUGGCUCGGGAGGGAGGGGUGCGCGCGCUCGUCCGCCUCGUGCGUGCUCGCCACUGUCCCACGCACGUGCUCGCCGCGUCGCUCCGCACACUCGCGUCACUCGCUUCCGUCUCCCUGGGCCGGGACGAACUCAUCAAGGAGGACGGAGUGAGCUCUCUCGCCCACGUCCUCGAGGGCCGCGGGCAGCACUCGGAGGCGGUGCGCGCCGAGGCGGCCGCGGUGCUGGCCCAGGUGCUGGCCCCGCACGCGACCUCGGGCCCCACGGUCAAGGGCCCCGGUCUGGACGGGGCCCAGGCGCUGCGUGUGGUCGGGGCGCUGACAGAGCUGUGCGGGGAGUCCUCCUGCGGGGAGGUGUUCCUGCUGGGCGCCGCCGCGCUGGCGAGCAUCUCGUUCCUGGGCCCUGCCGCCCGCGACGCAAUCCUCGAAGCCGGCACGGCCCGCGUGCUGCUCCGACGCACGAUGCGCUGUGAGCCACUCGUGCCCGCGUCGGCGAGGGGGCCCGCCGGAGCGAGGGGGCCGCCUACGGGGUCCGCGGGAGCAGGCGGAGAGACCAACCUCGAUCCGGGGCUCAACUCCUCGCGCGAAGCCAAGGGGGCCGGUCCCGUCGUCGGCUCCGCGUGCUCUCCUUACGCCAAGGACCAGGUGGUGACGGUCCUGGCGAACCUGGCCGUGACCGAGCGGGGUCGCGCGGAGGUCAUGAGCUGCCAAGGCUUGGUGCUGCUGAUGAGCUGCCUGGAGGCGAAGCCGGCUGUGAGUGCGAGCCCUGGGGAGGUGGCGGCGUGCGAGCGGGGGCAGCAGAGGGCAGCCGUGGCGCUCGCGCGCCUCGCUCGCAGCCCCAGCGCCUGCCGCACCGCCGUUCAUCUCGGAUGUGUGUCGCGACUCGCCGUCAUGUGCCGGGUGCCGGCAGAGCGGAGCCACAGUGACGGGGUCCUCUUAGCCUGCCUGGCAGCUGUCCGUCGGCUGGGCGUCGCGUGCCCUGGGUCGCUGGGUCCUCUCGACUCCCUGCAGCUCGUGACCCCGCGCCUGAGGGACGCGUUCCUGUUGUGCAGCGAGACCAGAGAAAGCUUCGUGUGACGCCCAGAACUCGAGAUCCCUCCUUGACGCUUCAGUGGUUCCAUCUCCACGCGAACACGUUGCUUGUAUCGCUUUAAGGGAUACUUAUCCGCUCAUCAUGUGUUGAAGAUAAGUCCAAACUCAUGGAAAUGUAUCAUCAUCAUGAUCACCAGCAACAGCAGCAUCAACAGCAUCACCUCUGAUGAUCAUCUGCAUUAUUGUAACUCUUAUACAAUUAACUGUGUAUUGAUGAAAUCGAUUCGAAUGUUCGUUUCGCAAUAUUUACGAUGACUGAGAUUACGAUUUGUAUCACGAUGAUGGUGAUGAUGAUCACAAUGAUGUUGAUUACGAUCAUAAUGACCACUACUGAUGAUGCUGUCUAAAGUGAUGACCACAACAAUUAUCACAACAUGAAUUUGGAAUACAUCUUCGGUUGUGCUGCUAUGACGCUCCUCCCACGUGUUUUUGAAGUUGUACCACGUGUUUUAUUGUUCGUCACGAUGUCCGACGUUUUGCCCCACGUGCUGGGAGCUUCUUCAAGAACCGAACUACAUUCAGAUGGCAGUCAAGGGAUGAACUGCAUUCGGAUCCUGAAGAAGCUCCCCAGCACGCGGAGUGAAACGUCGGACAUCAUGCCGAACAACACGCGGUAUAAUCCAAAAGCACGUGUCAGAGCCAAUAACUCGGCAGACUAUUAUUAAAUGUUAUUGAUGCUGCGUUGACAGUGGAACACAAGCACACAUAGCCUAACCAAAAUCAACAAAUUCGUCACGUGCUAUGAAGGAGCGCAAUUGCCCGAAACAUCGUCUAUCAUAUUGUUAUUCCUCUAAAUCCGUGGUUCUUCAUAACCUGGAGUGUACGCACCCCUGGGAGUGCGAGAUGCCCUUUCUAGGGGUGUGAGACAUGGCCAGAUUUGUUUUAGAAGGUAAAUAAUCGACACAAAUUAAGCAGGGGCACGUCAUUUCAACUACUUUGUUUCAUCAAACAACUACGUAUUUAUUAACAUUGUAAAAAACUGUUAAGGAUUGAGUACCGAAGGGGUGCAAGGCUGCAGUUCAAGGUUAAGAGACACUUUUGAAUGCAGUGUUUUAAUCCAUCAGCCGACUUGGCAGUUCCCAGAGCUCCCGCUGAGCGCUAACCCAGGCCGACAGCGCCGUCUCGUGGCUCCUCGUAACGACGACACCCGCCACCGGGCAAAGUUCACCCCGACAGCCCACGGUACAACAACAUCGUGAAAGAGCCAACGCAGAAGAAGAUCGCCGGGGGUUUGAUCUCCCACGACGCUCAUGGGUCCACCGUAAAGCGCACCCACUGCACAGACCUUGGCAGAUGCGGAUGCCUGACGAUGCACAAAUGGAAACAUUAAAAACUCUCCAGUAGUGGUGCGACUGUGGUCAUCUAGCACAGACGGUGGUACCAUGGCAAUGCCCCAUCCACAAACACGGAGGAGACAUCACAGAGUCGAGUUGCUGCUCUGCGUCUACAGCCCAUA